AUGUCGCCGGCGAAGUCAUCUGUGGGUGAAUCCGCCCCAGACCUUGAAAUCGUUGGUGAUCAGGUUACAAUUCAUCCCAGCGGUUACACUGGAGGUCCAGAGCCGCAAGAUGGAGGGAUUACGGAACGCAAUCUCAUCAAUAAUAUGGCGCGGUUUCGUGAGAACCCGUUCGACUUCUUGCGCGAAGUGAGCUCGUACAUGAUGUCGGGGACCGGCUGGCGCGCCUACGAUGAUAUCAUUGGGCAGCCGAUAUACUAUUCUGGUUUUACGGAGCAGAUCAAAUCGCAUAUCCUGGCGAGUCCGAUCCUGCGGGAGAAGGUAAAAGAGCUCGCAGAGGCGCGACUGGAGGUGGAAGACAAAGAAGGGCUUUUACAGAUCAGGACUGGCGAGUUUGCGCGUACUCACACGCAACGUCGGAAGGAACUCGAGAGUAAUCUUAACGAGGUGGUGGACCAGAUGUUGGAUAACAUGAUCUGCAAAAUGGAGAGCAAGAGGUUUAUUCGCGGCGCAUACUACCUUGCUAGCCAGCUUCUCACUCGAGCAUACCACCAGGGCAUCCACGUAUCCAGUGAGGAAAUUCUGCGGCUACGUGCGGUUGCAGAAGAGGCGGCCAAGAAGAAGCAGUCCAUCGUCUUUCUGCCUUGCCACAAAUCGCAUGUCGACUAUGUUUCGCUCCAGAUUAUCUGCUAUCGAUUAGGCAUUGCGUUGCCCGUUGUCGUCGCCGGAGACAACCUCAAUAUCCCUUUUGUGGGAGCUUUUCUACAACACGCAGGCGCCAUGUGGAUUCGGCGAAGUUUCGGGAAUGAUCCACUGUACAAUACCGUUGUCCAAGCGUAUAUCGACACAAUUCUGCAGAAGGGGUAUAAUUUUGAGUGUUUCAUCGAAGGUGGACGGUCACGAACCGGCAAGCUGCUGUCGCCAAAGUUCGGUAUCCUCAGCUUUAUCGUGGAUAGCGUUCUAUCAGGUCGUACUGAGGACACUAUCAUAUGUCCUGUCAGUACGCAAUAUGACAAAGUUAUUGAAACAGAAUCAUACAUUAGCGAGCUUCUUGGUCAGCCCAAGAGGAAGGAGAACCUAGCCGACUUCCUCUCCUCGUCAUCUGUCUUGUCUCUGAAGCUGGGUCGGGUAGACGUGCGAUUCCAUAAACCAUGGAGUCUCCGAGAGUACAUUUCCCAACAUUUGUCUAGACUACCUCAGCCAUUGCAGCUUAAGAAAGGCCUCAAACUCAGCUAUUCCGACCGAGGCCGCCUUCUGAGAUCACUAGGGUACCGGGUACUAUCGGACAUCAACAACGUGUCCGUGAUGAUGCCGACGGCUUUGGUUGGGACAGUCCUCUUGACUCUGCGUGGACGCGGAGUUGGCAAAGCUGAGCUUGUUCGGCGUGUGGAAUGGCUCUGUGACCGCGUACGAGCUAAAGGGGGAAGGGUUGCACACUUCUACCGGUAUCCGACCGAGGUGGUCGUUAACCGUGCGCUGGACGUUCUAGGACCGAAGAUUGUGGGGGAGGUAACUGGGUUAGUGGAGCCAACGUACUUUGCUGUAGACCGUUUCCAGCUUUCGUUCUACCGGAAUAUGACCAUCCACCUAUUCAUUUCUGAGGCGCUUGUGUCGGCAGCGAUGUACACAAGGGUUAAGCAAGGAGGCGGACCCGCACACCAACGAAUAUCAUAUGGCGAUCUCUUGCAUCAUGUUACCUUUCUAUCUCAGCUCUUCCGCGGCGAAUUCAUAUUCCCUCCUGAAGGUCUCACUACUAAUUUGGAGAACACCUUGCGGACCCUCGAGAAAGAUCAAGUCCUGGCAAUCACCAGAGAUUCCACGGGCGCACCACAGUUCAUCGAACUCUCAGAAACAGAGCGUCAAUGCGGACGCGAGAACUACGAUUUCUACUGCUUCCUCAUUUGGCCGUUCAUUGAAGCCUCGUGGCUCGGCACUGUGUCCUUGCUAGGGCUUACUCCGCCCUUAAACGGUCCAAAGGACGUAUGGAUCAACUUAAGCAAGGCGCAGAACAAUGCACAAUUAGGUGACCUCUCCUAUUUCGAAGCCGUCAACAAAGAAGCCCUUAAAAACUCGUACGACCGUUUCGCAGAGGAAGGCAUCAUCAUCGUCGCAAAGAGCAAAGAAAACCGCUCGUCCACGAAAAUGAGACUCGCCCCAGAGUGGACGCCAGAGCGGGACCCAGAUACCGGGAAACUCCUCCCGCAAGGCCGUCUUUGGGACUUUAUGGAGUUGAUUGCGAAGUCUAGACGUGAGGGGAAAAACCGCCGAGACGGCGCCACUGUUUCUUCGCGGGUCCUGACUAUGUCUGACAAUGUUGGCCGGACGUUGUUCGAGAGCGCAGAGAGCCGUGCGCCCGCUACUGAUGUUGAUGUCGAUGUGUCGACCAGGGCGCCGCGGAGGAAGGCACUUACAUCUAAGCUAUAA